GAUCGGUGUACGGAUAUAUCAUUUGCUCUUUACUAUUAUAUCUCACUCCACGACGGGAGAUAGUUCACGAAGCGACUAAUCACAGUGUAAUAGCAACCAGUAUAUCAUACGUCUCAACGUGUACUACACUCUGAUCAAGAGGAUAUACUUUUCUUCCGUAUUGAGUUCCAUAUCGAGUCUACGAUUCCAAGAUGGCACAACCACCACCACCACCACCGAUGGCAAUGAACCCCGUGGGGGCCCAGCCGGUGGGGAAGGCCCCUGUUAAUUGGAUGCCCGCCCCUCAGGUUGCCGCGCCCCAGGGGUGUCCACCAGGUCUGGAAUACCUCACGCAAGUCGACCAGCUGCUCGUUCACCAGAUCGUCGAGCUUUUCGAAAUGUUCACUGGAGUUGAGAUGGCAAACAGAUAUGCCAUCAAGAACAGUCUGGGACAACAAGUCUACUUUGCUCACGAAGAGUCCGAUUUCUGCAUGCGUCAAUGCUGUGGACCCCAGCGUGGUUUCAUCAUCCAUAUCACGGAUAACAGCCAACAGGAGGUGAUGCGUCUAGUCCGUGAAUUCAAGUGCUGCGCUGGCUGUGGAUGGUGCGCCAACAGCGAUUCAUGUUCCUUCGAAGUCAAAGUAGAAGCUCCCGUCGGAAACGUUGUCGGAUACGUUAAGCAAUCACAAUAUUACAUGGGGCCAAAGUUUGAUAUCCUUGAUGCUGAGAGGAGGCCUGUUGUCAAGAUUAAGGGACCUUACUGUAUGUGUCAAGACAUCUGUUGCCAAGACGAUAUCGAAUUUGAUGUCUUUACUGGUGACAUGGCCACGACAAUUGGAAAGGUUUCCAAGCAGUGGCCCGGAUGUUUUAAGGCUGCGUGGACCGACGCCGAUAACUUUGGUGUGACAUUCCCCGCUGACCUGCAUGUAAACGUGAAGGCGACUCUUUUGGCGGCUGUGUUCCUCAUUGACUUCAUGUUCUUCGAGACGUCAAACAAUAACAACAAUUAAAUAAAAGGAUUUCAUGUUCUUCGAGAAAGCAAAUAACAACAACAACAAUUAAGACAGUCAUCAUCCAAGAUUUCAUAUCCGACAUUCCUGCGUUCCUUGGUUUCAACUAACUUAUUGACGUGUAAAAUAGUAAUACAAUAUAAUAAUGUAUAUAUUGCAUAAUUAUAUUACAUUAAAUUUGAUUACAGAACUAACAAUCAAUAAUGCAUCUUGUGUCUAUCGUGGUUAUGCCCAUUAAGAAAAAAAGUUGGAAAAUGAUCUACUUUUGCAUCGUUUUUUGAAUUAAAUUUGGUUUGUACCAGACAUUCAGUCAUUCGAAAUUCCAAUAGCUGAUUUUUUUUUUUUCUUCACUUUUCAGAUAGACAAUCAGUAGGGUGAGAUUUAAUCACUUUACAUCAUUCGUAGUAUCUUACUAUGUAUUCACCAAUCUUAUUUUUUCAUCUUAUGACAAACUGUUAUUUGCUUGCGGGUUAGGAGUGUACCAGGGCUCUGGAAAUAGUAAUAACAUAAUUUGUCUUGAUACCAAUUCAUAAUAGGUUGAAGUCGUGUUUGAUACUUCCAUUUUUGCAGACGUAAAAUGUACCUUUUGUAUAUAGAGGCUGAGAAUUAUAGGAUGAAUUUAUGUAUAGCUAUACUAACAUAAUAUAUAGGGGUUUUUUUGUACGAAUUUUGUCAUCCACAACCAUAUCUUAAUAAUAUAUGUUGUGGUGUUAUGUAGUAAGGAUAUAAUAAUGUUAUGAGGCUGCAAGGGAAAGUAUACCGUUUAUCAUAAAAGACCAUUUUAAAUGUAUUUCACACAGUUUGUUGAUACAUAAGUAUUCUGUGUUUUAUAUCAAAUAUCGUUUCUUCAAAUGAAUAUAAUGAAUGUAAUCGUAGGGUCGUUGAACACUCGGGCACCGUUUCCGUUUAUAAAUGAUUUGUUAUGUUUAAUUUGGGUACGUUAUUGAAUUACGUCAGAGUAACAAUAAUGGUUUGCACAAGUGGCACAACUCUAUUAUGUAUAGACCAAGGCUGAAUUGCUAAGAACUUUUAAUAAUUUGAUUGCAAAGCAGUGCCUCAAGAUUCAUCUACAAUGGCAAUGAAUGCAGUGUCGUGCGAUUUUACUUCAAUUUGAUUGUUCAUUGUAUCUAUACCUGUAUUUUAUAUAAAUAAUGGUAAAUUCUCUAAUCUCGUUUUAUCUUUAUACCCCAAAAAACUUUAAUCGAUAUUAUAUUAUAUUAUAUCCAUGUUAUUUAUUCUGCAUGUUGUUUAGAGUAGGCAUGUGUGCCUUAAAUGCAUUAUACUCGCUUUGUCUUUCUGGAUUGGGAUUUAAUUUAGUUUCUGAUCGCAUCUUUAUACACUGAGGCAAAUGUACUCAAUAUACUGUAUAACGUCUUUCAUAUCGGUUUAUAUCCUAUAUACACAAGGCUUACCUCCUUUGUGAUACGCUUAAUUAAGCUAAAUGUCUGUGUACAAUUACUUAACUUGCUUCAGUGUCAUUUACAGUAUGAUUGCUCAAGCUGUACCGUUUUGACGCAGUGCUCACUGCACAUAGGCUAUCCAUCAUUAUUGACUGACGCACAGGAUGCGUCAUUUUGAAUGCGAUAUUGCUUGCGCUGAUUGUCGAGCCCGUAUAGGGUUAAAUUCAAAGCAACAAUUGCACUGUUUACUGAGCGUUCACGUUGUGUACCAUAAUUAUCACCCGUACACGGUGCGUCAAAAUGAUGCGCUAGUCGCCGACGCACUCGUACGUCAGUCAAGUGACACCUUGUGAGCAACGGGCAUUGCCAUGGGGCAACAUGGUACAUUAUGUAAAAUCAAUCUCGACAGUUUUUGUUAUGCUUUAAUUGUAUUCAUUUUGUUCUUCCGCUCAUGGUAAGGAUUUUUACAUAGCGAAUAAAAUUAUAUUGAAUUGUUGUAUAAUCCAUAGUAAAAAAAAUAGUUUUUUGAUCUUAAUAGUAAAUGCGAUUUUUUUUUUUUUUUUUUUUUUUUUUAAUUAUUAUUAUUAUUUAUUUCUUUUAUAAAGUGAGAAUUUAAAUCAAUGAAAUCAACUCUGAUGUUAUUUGAUCAAGGGGUGUAUAGUCUGACUUAUCUUGUAUAUGAAAAGAUUAUGUAUAUACUAAUAAAAUAGUGUUCUUUUGUUGAA